ACCGCACAGCGGAGCGACGUUUACUCACCACACACAAAGUGAGGUUAGGAAGAUGUUCUCAUUCCGGCUGCUGAAGAUUUCCCAGGAAAACCACCCAAUUCGCCUGAUUCACACCUACUUGCGCAUCUCAGAGCUCAGGAAAUGUCAACAAGGCGAUAAAGUGACCAUUAAAGGAUGGGUGAACAAUGCCCGGAAGAUGAAGAAGACAUCCUUCGUGGACAUUGUCGAUGGCUCUUCAGCAUCUCCGCUGCAAGUUGUCCUCGGGAAGGAACUCUCCGGCACAGCAGAUGUGCUAUUUGGCACUUCUGUCGAAGCUUCUGGCACAAUUGGAAGCACGCCGAAAGGACAGUUGGAGCUCAGAGCGGAGGAUUAUCGGGUUCUCGGGCAGUGUCCUGUGGACGAGGGAUUCCCAUUUGCCGCCAAGCACACUUACAGCCCAGAUUACAUCCGGGAACACCCACACUUUCGCUCACGGAUCACAACUUUCGCCGCUAUGCUUCGCGUUCGGGACGCUGCUCAUCGCGCUCUCGUGGAUUUCCUGCAUCAGCGCGACUUCCUGCACAUCCACACGCCCAUCCUCACGGCCAGUGAUUGCGAGGGCGCUGGUGAGGUGUUCAGAGUGCGUCCGGACAGUGAUGCUCUGCUGAAAGGGAUGCAGAAGGACGAUGUUCCACUCGAGGAGGCGUUCUUCGACCGCCGGGCGUACUUGAGUGUCUCCGGGCAGCUUCAUCUGGAAGCAAUGGCCCACGGGAUUGGGAAUUGCUUCACACUCGGGCCCACCUUUCGGUCAGAGAACAACAAAUCGCCAAUUCAUCUCUCCGAAUUCUACAUGCUGGAAGUGGAGCAAGUCUUCACGUCCUCGCUGACGGAUUGCAUCGAGCUGAUCUCGGACAUGAUGAUCAGCGUGCUGAGGAAGCUUCUGGACAGCUGUGCGGAAGACAUUCGUCACUGUCAGGGCGAUUCUGGGGAGGAGAAUCUGUUUGAAUGGCUGGCAGAAGUCAAGGAAUUCCCUGUGAUGACUUUCGCGGAAGCUGUUGAAGUCCUGCAAAAGCACGCUGACCGUCUAAAGGUUCCCAUCGUUCCCAGCGAUGGUCUGAUGAAGAGCCACGAGCUCUUUCUCACCGACUUCUGCCGCUCUCCAGUCUUCAUCGUCGACUGGCCGGCUGCGCUGAAGCCCUUCUACAUGCGUUCCAAGGCAGACGACGACAGUCUCGUGGACGCGCUGGACUUCCUGGUGCCUCGCAUUGGGGAACUGAUCGGCGGCAGUGUCAGGGAGAACGACUACAAUCGCCUGAAGCUGCGAAUCCCACCGGGAAGCGAAUGGUAUCUGAAUCUGAGACGCUUCGGCGGAAUCCCAACAGCCGGCUUUGGCAUGGGCUUCGAGCGAUUCCUGCAGUUCCUGCUCAACAUCCACAACAUCCGUGACGUGAUUCCCUUCCCGCGAUGGCCACACAGUUGCAUGUUGUAGAGAGU